AAUACGCAUCUUACUUACUAAGUAAAAAAUAUUUUUUUUUACUUAUAUAAAAAAAUAUUUUCUAAAAAUGUUAGCCACUCGGAUUAAAAGAACAGCAAACAUCAUAAAAGAAUACAGUGCAUUUUUGUCCACUUUGGUUCAUAAGGAAGAAGUAAUAAAAAUUGGAAGUUAUAACAUAAACUACUUGAAGAUAGGUCAUGGACGAAACCAUGUCCUAUGUACUCAAGGCGCUUUAGGUUCCAUGUGGACAGACUUUUCACACCAAAUAAAAGGAUUUGAUAGAGAUAAAUUCACUGUAGUUUUCUGGGAUCAACCCGGUUUUGGUAAAAGUAGACCUCCAGAUCGAGAUUUUUCUACUAAAUUUUAUACCAACGAUUCUAACGUCGCAUAUCAACUCAUGAAGGAAUUAAACAUUCCACGAUAUUCCUUAUUAGGUUGGAGUAAUGGCAGUAUAACUUGUAUGAUUCAUGCCGCGAAUUAUCCUGAUAUGGUCGAAAAACUCGUUAUUUGGGGUGCCAAUUCAUUCAUACUGCCUAAAGAAGUAAAUCAUUAUAAAGGAAUGAAAGACGUUUCGCUUUGGUCGCAUAAGAUGAAGCAGCCGAUGAUCGAUCUUUAUGGCGAAGAAUUAUUCGCUAGAUACUGGACCCAGUGGGUGGAAAGUAUGGAUGAAUUGGUAAAGGACACGAAUGGCGAUGUCUGCUCGAAUAUUUUACCCAAAAUUACUUGUCUAACAUUUAUUUUGUACGGCGAGCAAGAUCCACUUGUAGACAGGAUACACUUUUCUUAUCUUCGAUCACAUAUUAAAGAUAUAAAGUUACAUUUGUAUCCAGAGGGCAAACACAACAUACACGUACGAUACCAUGAAGAUUUUAAUCGGAGAGUUCAAGAGUUUUUACUAACCUAGUUUCGAAAAAAUAUAUCAAAUUUAGAUUA